CGUUCUGCUGGUUUAAGCCACAGCAGGUCAACAUAUUCAGCGCGAGAGGCGGCGCAACGUGGGCUGAGCCUAUCUGCGUGGAGAGGCGCCGCGGACGGCCGCUCCGUGGUCGUGAUUCCAGCGAUGAGGAGCUGCUGGCCUCGGUCGGACAGUGGGAAUCCGCGGCUGAAGGGACCCGGCGGUCAGCCGCAGGUCUGACGGAUGAUGGUCGCACCUCUAUGCGUCGGCAUCCAGGGCUGAUCCGUCUCCCUCCCUCCUCUCCGGUCGCUCCCGGAGCCGGGCGAUGCGCUCCUCAGAGGAAGCGGGCUUCACAGACAUCCGGAAAACGCAUCCAUGCGCCACGACCGCCCCGCAUCUCGAUGUGCUCCUUCUUCACGCAAAGCCUGUCGUCUCCCCGUGAGAAGUCCCACGUGCGAAUCGGCAUGGGCGCGUCCGGACGGGGAUUGCGCGGCGUUUUGCGGACGGGGCGUCGGAGCGCAGUUGUGCAAUGAGACAAUCGGGAAUUAUCACGUAGACUUUAUUGAUACACAAUCGGACAAAUAUGGCUGAUCAGAGCAACAUUCAGUCCGCCGCCUCCAAGAGUAUCCGGCCCUUUAAGUCGAGCGAAGAAUACCUGUACGCCAUGAAGGAGGAUCUGGCCGAAUGGCUCAACACUCUGUACGACCUCGACGUCACUGCAGACACCUUUAUGGAUGGCCUGGAGACGGGCUGCGCCCUGUGUCGGCAUGCCAACAACGUCAACCGCGCUGCGCACGACUUCCAGCAGAAGUACCCGGAGGCGGCCCAGACCAUGAAGGUGCCUUCUAAAGAUGUCGUCUUCCAGUCACGCAACGUCGUCCCCGGCUCGUUUCUGGCGCGGGAUAACGUGUCCAACUUCAUCACAUGGUGCCGCCAGGAGCUCUGGAUCAAGGACGUCCUCAUGUUCGAGACCAAUGACUUGGUGGAGAGGAGCAACGAGAAGAAUUUUAUCCUGUGCCUCCUUGAGGUGGCGCGGCGGGGGUCCAAGUUUGGCAUGCUGGCCCCCAUGCUGAUCCAGCUGGAGGAGGAGAUCGAGGAGGAGAUCCGGGAUCAGGAGAGCCUGCAGGUCGAUGGAGAGGAGUCAACAGAGCAGAGCUCACCUAGCAGGUGUUACAGUUGGAAAGAGAGUUGUCCCAGUGUGCAAGAUGAGGAGGAGGAACCGGAGCCAGAGCCCUUCAUCUGGCCCCAGAAGAGGAUUUUAUGUGACAUGCGAAAUUUGGAUGAGUUGGUGCGUGAGAUUCUGGGCAAGUGUUCCUGUCCAGCUCAGUUUCCUAUGAUCAAGGUGUCUGAGGGGAAGUACAAAGUGGGGGACUCCAGUGCUCUGAUUUUCAUCAGGGUCCUUCGCACUCAUGUGAUGGUGCGCGUCGGAGGGGGCUGGGACACAUUAGAGCAUUAUUUGGAUAAACACGAUCCCUGUCGAUGUGCUGCUUUUGCUCACCGCUACCACCAGGCCAAAGCCAGCGGUCAAGGUCAGGGAGCACACAGCAAAUCCUCAAGCGCCCAUUCCUCCCGCUCCACCAGCCCAGGUCCGCACUGGCGCAAUGAUGGCAUUGCGCCCUAUAAACCUCCUGACAGACGCACCUUGGAGCUCCUCUGUGCCCAAAGUGCGUCCUCCUCCCCGUCCACACGGCCAAGUCGGUCGCAGAAGUCUUCUGUCCCGUCAGAGCUCGACUCCAGUCCGGCACGCACGCUGAUGCCGAGGCCGCCUCGAGACCGCUCAGAACCACGCCACUUCAACCCCCUGAGAAACAAGGAGGGAGGGAUGCCUGUGACAAGACGGCUGUCUGGAGACAGCGACUCCUCAACAGCCUCCUCCAAGGGAGGAGGAGGGUGUGGUGGAGGAGGAGGAGGAGGAGGGGGACGCCACUCUUUAGGUGGCCCUUCAAGGCGUACUGGUGAAGAGGUGGUGCUGCUCGUCAAUCGCAAGGAAGGGAAACACAUGAUUGAGAGAUCAGGAACUGGAGCUCCACGCGCACGCAGCCAAUCCCGGGAACGAGCCACACUCACUCCGGCUCUCAAACCCAGUCCAUCAUCGGGCUCUCCGGGUGGAACGCGGAAAUUUAGUGCAGAAAGGGGACGCUCUCUUGCCAGUGAAGGCUCUCGGAGACUCAGCGCUCCACGGUCGCACAGCCAAAGCAAGUUAACAAGCCGAGCUUGGUCGUGCGACAGCAGCCCCGGAUCUUCCUGCAAAGAUCCUCAUCCGCCUUCGUCAGAUAGGAGUGAGGAGCUUCCGUCCAGACAAGUACCUUCAUCAAACUCAAUAGUAGGUGGGUUAUCUAAAAAGCAGUCAUCCUCUUGCUCCAACUCCCCAGUCAAGGGAGGGCAGAUCAGUAACAAUAGUCCCAGUAAGAAAACCACAAAUACACCCAGACCUCCUGCUCCGCACUCUCCAUCCUUAGGCAGAGGCAAACUGCUUCCACCUGUCAAUUCAGGAGCGCGGCGAUCACCGCACUCAUCCACACAGACCUCCAUUCAUCCCGGCGCUCGCUCACCGAGGAUUUCCCACACGCCUCGCACCGCUGCCCGAGCCCCCCAUAGGAAACUGUCCGGUUUAGAACAACAAGAGCCCGAGGAAGAGGGACUGGGCUUUGGCUUCCAGAUGCUGCCGACUUUAGAUCCCCAGAAAGAACAGGACUUGUAUCGGACGUUUGAGGCCGAGUUUCUGGCUAAUACACAGCAGGCCAGAGGGGUUUCUGUGGGCAAGGCUUCCGGAGGAGCAAAGCAGCAGGUUAAACACUCAGCAUCCAGACACAGUGAUCCUAAUAUCACAGACUCUGCUUAUUCCUCCUCAAACUCCUCCACCUCAUCCACCACUGUGGGGGUGAAGACUGGAAGCCUGCCUGAGCUGAAGGAGUCCAAGAGGACUAACCUCCAUCACUUUCCGCUGGAUGACCCUUUGAACUUACUUUACGGACACCACUUUGGAGGAUCGAACGGUAACGGUCAAGGAGAGACGCAGCACUGGGGAGAUAGCAGAGGGAGCUUCAAAAAGCUUCCAGCCAUUUCCAGCUCAAUGGAAGGACGGGAGAGUCCAGACUCAACGCCCGACCUCGGAGACACAGAACCAGAUGGACUGAGGAAUCAUAUCUCAUCACAGCCCGCUUUUCACUGUAAGACUAUGAAUGGAGAUCAUGAAGGUUGUCCUACAUCUGUUAAAAGUCAACAAGCUCAGCAGAGCUGGGACGCACACACUAAUAGAGACGUUAAGCUAGAAAAUGACCAUCCAAACGUACCUUAUGAGAUAGAAAAUGGGGGCCAGAGUGUUGAACCCCCACCUCCAGAGCCUUGCCAAUUUCUUGUGCCCUUCCACCCCUCCGAAGACGGUUCCUUCCAGGAUUCUUCAAGUGAAAACUCUUCUAUGGGCCUCAGCCUAAGCGGAUCCCGCUCUGGUUCCCCGCCGUUGUCAUCAAUGGUCAACGGGGAAAGUCGGCAGAAGAAGACGAAUAAAGGAGGUCCAAACUCUAAGCACAGUCAGGGGGUGAGGUUCCGGCCUCGCAUCGACAACAGGCCAGAAAACAGCCCGUCCCGUAUCCCCACCCCGGUCAGCUACAGGGAUCUCCAUUCUCGUGAUGCUCUGUCCCCCAGCCACUCGCCACCCCUCUCCCCUCACAGCUCCCACUCAGGUGGCCGUCCAACCACAUGCAAGAACCUGCAUCAAGCCUUCACAGACAUGAUCCACCCUCAGUCCUGCUCCCCAGCUCUAGGCAGCACAGACUGCUCCUACACGGCACACUCAGGCAGCCUGGACACUGAAGCUUGGAUGUAGCACAAACGUGAUGACCGUCACAGACUGCUGUUUUAAAAGACUGGGCUUCGGACUGUUUUCACAGCACGUGAAAGACAUCUUUUAAUUUAACUUUUCCUUGUGUAAAUGCAGGGAGUUCAUGUUGCUUUUUUUGCACUCAAGCCAAAAUUAUUUAUUACCAAAAGAAUGACUAAAACGUUACUGUAAUGUUGAUGUGUGCAUGAGGAGGAUUUUGCCAAUGUUGUUGUUUUUUUUGCUUUUAACUCACAUAAAAUUCUAAUUUUAUUAACAGAACAAGCAGAUGUGCUGCCAUGUGCCUCCUUCAGAGGCAUGGUAAAGUGCCAGGUGUUUUAGGCUUCACCCCAUGUGAAAACACUAAACUGUUAGAUGGAUUGGCUCCCUCCUGUGGUUUGGGAUAGCCUUUUACUCCUAAAAACUUUAUAUUUUAGCACUGAUUUAGACUACACAUGUGACCAAAUGUACUUACACAAUAGCUAACCUGAAUAAAAGUAGUUCUGACUUUAUGAACUAUAUUUGUGUACCAUUGCUCAAUGGGAUUUAAAUGUCGGCUUUUUGCUUUUAGUGACGUACUUAAGACUAAUAUUUGCUGUUAGUAUGUUUUUGAGAUUCAGUUUAAUUUAGUAAAAUCUUUUGACUGAUUUUAAAAAGAGGACUGAACCUUUUAGUCACUGAAAAUAAAGAUCUCAGAACAAAAUAGCAUGAGUGAGAAAAGCAAAUGUGUAAAUAUAUAAAAUGUUGCUCACAUGUGGAUUUUUGUAUAUACUGGGGACGGAACGUCCAGUCUAAUGUAUAUAAUUUGCCGUUAUAAGGUCUGUGACGCCUUAGCUAUGCAAUAUUGGUGUUGGAAAUGCCUUGAAGAAUUCCCCUUUGCCUUAAAGUGAUUCACACAUUAGUGUUCGAAUGGUUUUGCUUCAGUUGGUGAAACUGCGUUACCAACAUCACUGGUUAUUGAAAGUGGAGAUUAAAAGGAUGCUGUUAAAUUUGACCAAACAUAAUUGCAAAUUAUGAAUUAUAAUAGACACAAAUAAACUGCAUAACUAUGUACUUUUGAAUUUGAGAAGUUUUUUGGAAAUGUGAGAAUUAAUGGAAUGGGGACACCUAGUGGUGAAAAAGCAUAUUACAAAAAGUUGUCUUGACAGUUUCUGUUUCACGUGACGUCAGAGUUAGAUUGCUAAGAAAAGAGGAUCACUCUGAAUUAAAUAAAACCGUGACAACAGUAUAUGAAUAACAAAUGCUGUAAUGUACUAGAGGACACAUUCACACUACAGAGAUCUGAGUGCUAACAUGGUAGAUUUAGGUAUUGCGGACCUUGUAAAGUAUAUUUAAAAGUUGAAAGAUUGUAAUGCCAUUGCUUGUAGGAAAGAAAGUGGUUUAAAAGUAAUUUGUUUGAAGGAUGGGCUCUAAAAAAUAGAAUGUCCAUACUAAUGUAUAGGUAUGGCACAUGUACAAAGAAGGCCUGAGGAAAGAAAGUGAUGUUGGUCUAAUUUAUUUCUAUAUGGAAGCAGGUUUUGGUGGGAUCAAGUGAUGUUUAUGUCAAAAUGUAAAAGUGAAUGUUUAAAAGUUAUCCAAAAAUUAGGGGAAGUUUAAAGGACAGACUUUAGUCCCCCAGAACUUAGAGAGGCAAAAUAAUGAAUGAGAAAUGUUUCUUGUCCAAAAACUGUAAUGCUCUUUCAAAAUAAAACAAACAUUUGGCCUUUUUACACUUUUUAUUAAAAUGACACAAUGAUGCUUGAUUGAGGCUCUGACAGUAGCUGCUUAAAAAAAAUCUUUUAUUAGAACUUUUGAAAUGUUUUUCUAAGUGUUUUAAUUCCAAAUUUUUUCUGGAUUGUGUUUUAAUUCACUAAUGGUCCAGCUGAACUGUGAAUCAGACAAACACGGAAGUAUUUUUAUUUCUCAGUCUUGUAAAGUGAGAACAUUAUUAGCCUGCUCUUUGUUGUAUAGAACCUUAAAAUAUGUUGAAUUUCACUUCCUUUAACCCACAGUCAGGAAAUUCUGAAUGUUUGUUAUCUUUAUGCCAUUUUCGCUGAACUGUUGGUGUACAGAUUGCUUGAUAAUGUGGACUAUGUGUGUAAGAAAUAGCAAUACUGCAACAUUUCACGUCUUUUAUUUAAAAAAUGUAAAAAGUUGUUCUUGUAAUAAAUGUUUCAAUUCUGAAAUGUAA